CGUCCAUAAAUUCUUGCUAUUUUCUUUCUUUCAACAAUUUAUUUGUAAAUUGUGAUAUUUUUUUUCUCUCGAAAAAAAUAUUUCAAUUUUUCCAAAAAAUUUGCAACAAUGGAGGCAAUGAAGAUGAAUAUUUUGUUGAUGGUCGUGUUGGUAGCUAUGUUCGAAAUUCAGAACGCAUAUGCAGCGGAUGAGCCUGCACCUGCACCUGCUCCGACCUCAGAUGCCUCAGUAUUCGUACCAACCGUUUUCGCUUCUCUUGUAGCUCUUGCAUUUGAACUUCUCUUCUAGCUUGUGUGAACAUCGACUAAUGAAAUAUAGCUCUUUGUUUGGUCCAACUAUAUAAGUAGUUUUUUUGUUUGUUUGUUCGUUUAUUUCAACUCAGUGUGUUUAGAUCAUUGAGAUUAGAAGGACAUUGAGGUUCAUUUAUUUGUACUAUUAUUUGUAUCUCAUUGUAAUAUUGUUACCUUGCACAUAUGUUAUGGAUAUUAUUAUGUUAUUAUGAAUAUAUAUAGUUUUAUGUGAUUUUCUA